AUUUUUUAAUGGCAAGAAACUAUGAGGUAGCUCCAGCACUCAUGGUUAGUAUGGUUGUAACACACGGGACCGAUCCCAGUUCGGCAGUUCGGUCUCACUGCCCCGUCCCCCGCUGGCGGGAGGAGCAACCACCAAUCCCGCUGGGGAUGCUGUCGAGCUGAGCGGGAUGGGGCCGCACACAAGGGCGGUGAGUGGCACCUCCGGGCAGCGCGGAGCCCGGUGCCGGACCGUGUCGGGCCGUGCGGGCUGCCCGGGUAGGGCGGGUCCCGCCCGCCGCCCUCACACCGCGCUCGCGCCGGCCGAGGGCGGGACGGGAGCGCUCGGGGCCCGCCGCCGCACACGGCCACGUGACCGCCUCACGUGGGCAGCAUGGCGGCGCCCAGGGCCGCCCGCGCGCUGCGGAGCGGAGGUUCUGUGACUGGCUGCCAGAUAAUCUUUUCUUUGUGCAAUCGUAACUACCUGCUCAGGCACUCAAGCAAUCAUCAGCAAAGAUGCUUCUUUCAGGGACAAAGAAAUGCUGCUUAUAGUAUAGUUUGGCCAGCCAUGGUUUCUCCAGCUCACCAAGUUCCUAAGCACAUAAAGAAGCCAGACUAUGUGACGACAGGCAUUGUACCAGACUGGGGAGACGACAUAGAAAUUAAGAAUGAAGAUCAGAUUCAAGGGCUUCGUCAAGCUUGUCAGUUGGCCCGUCAUGUCCUGCUUCUGGCUGGAAAGGGCUUAAAGGUUGGCAUGACAACUGAAGAAAUAGAUUCCAUUGUUCAUCAUGAAAUAAUCAGACAGAAUGCCUAUCCAUCACCUCUGGGCUAUGGAGGGUUUCCAAAAUCUGUUUGUACUUCUGUAAACAACGUGGUAUGUCAUGGUAUUCCUGACAGUCGACCUCUUCAGGAUGGAGAUAUUAUCAACAUUGAUGUCACGGUGUAUUACAAUGGCUACCAUGGUGACACUUCUGAAACCUUUUUGGUGGGCAAUGUGGAUAAAUCUGGUGAAAAGUUAGUGGAGGUUGCCAGGAAAUGUAGAGAUGAAGCAAUUGCAGCUUGCAGACCAGGGGCUCCCUUCUCUGUAAUUGGAAACACAAUCAGCUCCGUGGCACGCCAAGGCGGCUUCCAGGUCUGCCCCUUCUUCGUCGGCCACGGCAUCGGGUCGUACUUUCACGGGCACCCCGAGGUGUGGCACCACGCCAAUGACAGUGAUUUGUUAAUGGAAGCGGGAAUGGCGUUCACAAUAGAGCCAAUAAUAAUGGAAGGAUCCCCCGAAUUUAAGAUUCUUGAGGAUAAAUGGACUGCAAUUUCUGUAGACAAUAAAAGAUCGGCACAAUUUGAACAUACCCUUGUGAUUACCUCAGAGGGAGCAGAAAUCCUCACCAAACUAGUGGAAGAAGCCUAAAGAUGGAGCAAGGAGUGGAAAGACUCGCUGUACUUCUGGGAUUUCAAGUUUCACUCUGGACAGAGGUUUCUGUAAUUUCUGAGGGGAAUGAGUGUUGCAUAAGUCACUCCAGGGGACAGAAAAAACAAUUUGAGGGGUUGGCUCUGGACAUAGUUCUUUCUAUGUAUGGCUUGGUGAGUAUUUAAUAAAAGUCCUUAG